GUCUUGAUUAGAGAAAUUAGAGAGAAGAUAGAACGGAAGAAGAUGACGAUGUUGAUGAAGCAAGGACUUCUAACAUGGAGCCCAUACGACCCUAAUUUCUUCUCAAGAUUACCUCAAUCAUCUGUCAAGCCGCAUAAUUUUAUCAAACCCACUUCGCCAUUAACCAUUUUUGCUACCAGAAUCAACGGCCCACACCUAAAUGCCACUCAUUUCAUCAGCAAACACAGUGAAGAUGGAGAUACCCAGGCGGAGGAGAUGCGCACCAGCUUUGAUUUUAAGAAGAUUCUAUCUACUGAAAAAAUGUUCUCCAAACUGCCAGCAAUGCUCGUUCUUGCCAAUGCGAUAAUGUUCGAUAAACCUCUGCAAGUACUUGCAGAAACAUGUGAAGCUACUGAUAAUUCCAUCUUCAAUAUGAACAUGCCGGUGUUGCUUUUUGUUGCCAUUGUUGGGGCAACAGUUGGAGGUCUAGUUGCAAGACAGAGAAAAGAAGAACUGCAGCGACUAAACGAACAGCUCCGACAGAUCAACGCAGCUCUGAGAAGACAAGCUAAGAUUGAAUCGUAUGCCCCCACUUUGAGCUAUGCCCCUGCUAGUGGAAAAAUUGCAGAGGAUGAAGUAAUUGUUGAUCCAAGAAAACCGGAUUUAAUAACUCGCCUGAAAAAGGGUAAAAAUUUCCUCAGAAAUCAAGAACCAGACAAGGCAUUGUCUGAGUUCAAGUCAGCACUUGAGCUUUCCCGGAAUCUUGAAGAUCCAACGGAGGAGAAGAAGGCUGCAAGGGGCGUAGGAGCAUCGCUACAAAGGCUGGGGAAAUUUCAGGAUGCAAUAAAGUACCACUCGCUGGUUCUUGAAAUAUCUCAAAGAGAAGGAGAGGAAUCUGGAAAUGCGGAUGCUUAUGGAGCAAUAGCUGAUUGUUAUACAGAACUUGGUGAUCUCGAAAAAGCUGCCAAAUACUACGACCAGUAUAUUUCAAGGUUACAAUCGGACUGAAUUUCUUAAAUCUUUGUAUUACCUACAUUUGUCUUGAGUUUUUUCUGCGAAUAUUAUCGUUUUUUUGUAGAGCUAUUAUGUUGUUGUUUGCCGUUUGAGUAAAUUCAAAAACUAUUAUCUUGAUUCGCGUUAUUAAUGUAAAUUUGGUGAGGAAAUUGGGGGUUAUCCCAAUAUU